CGGCGGCGCUAUAAGAGCCGGGGCCGCGGCUCCAGCCGGACUCGCCUCCCCGGGACCAGGGUUACGCUGCGCUGCGACCAUGUGCGGAAUCUUUGCUUAUCUGAACUACAGAGUACCUCGGACCCGGAAGGAGAUAUUUGAGACUCUGAUAAAAGGGCUACAGAGAUUAGAAUACAGAGGCUAUGACUCUGCAGGUGUUGCCAUUGAUGGAAAUAAUAAUGAAGAUAAAGAAAGGUACAUCAGACUAAUCAAGAAAAGAGGAAAAGUGAAGGCACUAGAUGAGGAGUUACACAAACAAGAUGGCAUGGACUUAAAGGCAGAUUUUGAAACACAUUUUGGAAUUGCUCACACUCGCUGGGCAACCCAUGGCGUGCCCAAUGCAGUGAAUAGUCACCCUCAGAGGUCGGAUAAAAGGAAUGAGUUUGUAGUUAUCCAUAAUGGAAUCAUCACAAACUAUAAGGACCUGAGGAAAUUUCUGGAAACCAAAGGCUAUGAGUUUGAAUCUGAAACUGACACUGAAACCAUCCCAAAGCUGGUCAAAUACAUGUAUGAUAACAGAGAGACUGAAGAUAUCAGCUUUUCAGCCUUGGUAGAGAGAGUUAUUCAACAACUGACGAGGGAGUCCUCUACUGAUUGGAGUUCGCAGCAAAUACAAGCUUUCCACUGAACAGAUUCCUAUCUUGUAUAGGACAUGCAACAUUGAGAAUGUGAAGAACAUAUGCAAGACCCGAAUGAAAAGACUGGAUAGUUCUACCUGCCUUCAUGCUAUUGGAGAUAAAGCAGUAGAAUUUUUCUUUGCUUCUGAUGCAAGUGCUAUCAUUGAACACACCAACAGAGUAAUUUUCCUAGAAGAUGAUGACAUUGCAGCAGUGGCUGAUGGGAAACUUUCUAUCCAUCGGCUAAAACGUUCAGCUAGUGAUGACCCCUCUCGAGCCAUCCAGACCUUGCAGAUGGAAUUGCAGCAAAUCAUGAAAGGUAACUUCAGUGCAUUCAUGCAGAAGGAAAUCUUUGAACAACCAGAAUCUGUUGUCAAUACCAUGAGAGGCAGGAUGAAUUUUGAGACCAAAACAGUUCUGUUGGGUGGUCUGAAGGACCACUUGAAAGAAAUCAGAAGAUGCCGACGACUGAUCAUUAUUGGCUGUGGGACCAGCUAUCAUGCUGCAAUAGCUACCCGACAGAUGUUGGAAGAGUUGACAGAGUUGCCUGUGAUGGUGGAACUUGCUAGUGACUUUCUGGAUAGAAACACUCCUGUAUUCAGGGAUGAUGUGUGCUUUUUUAUAAGUCAGUCAGGAGAAACUGCAGAUACGCUUCUGGCCUUGCGGUAUUGUAAGGAUCGUGGGGCUCUGACGGUUGGCAUUACAAACACCGUGGGAAGCUCAAUAUCCAGGGAGACUGACUGUGGUGUGCAUAUCAAUGCAGGCCCUGAAAUAGGAGUGGCAAGCACAAAGGCUUACACCAGCCAGUUCAUCUCUCUUGUAAUGUUUGGCCUCAUGAUGUCUGAAGACAGAAUUUCUUUGCAGACUAGGAGACAAGAGAUCAUCAGUGGGCUGCAAACGUUACCUGAGAUGAUUAAAGAAGUCUUGUCCUUGGAUGAGAAGAUACAUGACUUGGCCCUUGAACUGUACAAACAGAGGUCGCUCUUGGUUAUGGGGCGUGGCUAUAACUAUGCCACUUGCCUGGAAGGAGCAUUGAAAAUCAAGGAGAUCACGUACAUGCACUCCGAAGGUAUCCUGGCUGGUGAAUUAAAGCAUGGACCACUGGCCCUUGUAGAUAAACAUAUGCCUGUUAUCAUGGUAAUUAUGAAGGAUCCCUGCUUCACCAAGUGCCAGAAUGCACUGCAACAGGUCAUUGCUCGACAGGGUCGCCCAAUUAUUCUGUCUUCUAGAGAAGAUACUGAAAGUUCAAAAUUUGCAUACAAAACUAUUGAGCUGCCACACACAGUUGACUGUCUCCAAGGCGUCUUGAGUGUUAUUCCCCUACAGCUGCUUUCAUUCCACCUGGCUGUUCUUAGAGGAUAUGAUGUGGACUUUCCAAGAAAUCUGGCCAAAUCUGUGACUGUGGAAUAAACAACCCACAAUGUGAUAUAUGUAUUUUUCCCCCCACCAAAGUUCUAAAUUUUACUCCUGUUUUUAAUUGAUGGUUACAUGACGUUAAGUGGAAUGAUACCAUUAACUGGAAAGUUUUGGGGACCGUUUUUAACUUGUUUUAAAAGCUUUUGAUGUGCCUUGUACCCAAGUGCUUUUGCUUAUGGCAAAUGUUGUUCCGCUAAAUCCUAAAAAUUGCCAAAGAAGAGAAAUCAUUGUUUACACAGGUAUAAUGAAUGAACUUUUUUUACUACUGUGCAAUAUAUAUAAUAUAUACAGCUCUGGUCAGAGUAACUGUGAACGUUUUUGGCCAACACUACUUAACUAGUUUUAAAGACAAAGUAUUUAUAAGUACAAUUGUAUAGCUUUUUAAAUUAUUUGUUUUUAGUAUGUUGCUUAUCUGUAGCAUUGGUAAUGCCCAGAAUAUAAAUUCUGAGCAUGUAACAUUUAUUUGUGUACAGAGUCACUUUUUAAAAUUUUUAUCUUUGAACUGGAAAUCUGUGGCCUUUGAGGGUUUCCCUUCCUCACCCUUUUUUCUCCUAGCUUUUCUGGAUGCUUUCCACUGCACCUAAUAUUUCUUUGUUAAUCAUCUUUUUCCCCACUCCUCUUCUGUGGCUGAAAAUUCCCAAAGACUCCUUCAGAUUUAUUUAACUAAAAGUUUACCUAAAUCAGAUCAACGGUUUGAUUCAUGUGCAGUUCCACCUUCAUAUGCAUGGAAUGUACUGUGCAACAAAAUAAGGGAACUGGAUAUUUUCAAGUGGGUUACAAUGCUUCUGUUAAAAGAUUGUACAAUCAAAUUCCUAUGCAAUUAAAGAAAAUAGAGAAUGUAAACUC